CGGCCAGCAGGUGACACCCGACACCGCCCCGGCGCCCGUGCCGACUCAGCCUUCUCCUCUCAUGCGCGGAAGCAGAACUGCAGGCACGGCUUCCAAAACCGUCUGCUCGUAAAGGGAAGCAGCGGGAACCAGGCGGAACACCGCACGAAAACGGCAAGAAAAGGUACCCCGCUUCACUGAUGCGGAGGAAGGAACUGCCGUUCCAAACUGCCCACGUGCCACUCCGGGCUUGGAAGCUGAGUGGCAACGUGAAACUACAUUUCCCGGCGUGCCCCAGAAAGCAACUUGGCCGACCGGAAGCCCGGAGCCCAAAGGCCACAACUCCCGGCAUGCUGCAGGGCAGGGUGCUCACAGCCACCUGACCCUGUGGACGCCCUGGAGCCAGCCCCGAGCUUUCUGACCUGCUACCCCGCCCCGCGGUUCCGCCCCCUCGCCAGGGGCUUUCCCUGUCCCAGGAAUUGAGGAGCAUGAAGAAUGACGCUGGGGCGGGGAGAGAAUCUAAUGAAACCUAGGCGGAAAUUUACUGUUUUGUGAGGGAAAUUCUGUGAUAGCAUUAGAGGAUAAGAAACUACAUUUAUGGAUUAAAAUCUGAGAUAACUUGAAGGGGACAAAUGGAGCAUUUUGUGAGGGAAAUUCUGCGGUAACAUUUGGGAUAUAAAAUUAUAUCUUGGGGAUAAAAUCUGAGGUAACUUCAGAGGGCAGAGAAUGACACCGUUAGGGGGUGGAAUCUAAUGAAACCUACAGGGGAGAAUUAUCAUUUUUGCAGGGAAAACCUGUGGUAACAUUAGAGGAUAUAAAACUACAAAUACAUUUAUGGUUAAAUUGGGGGUACCUAGAAGGGGACAAAUGGAGCAUUUUGUGAGGGAAAAUCUGUGGUAACAUAAGAGGAUAUAAAACUACAUUUAUGGAUUAAAAUCUGAGGUAAGUUGAAGGGGACAAGUGAAGCAUUUUGUGAGGGAAAAUCUACAGUAACAUUAGAGGACAUAAAAUUACAAUUAUGGGUUAAAAUCUGAGGUACCUUGAAAGGGACAAACUAAGCAUUUUUGCAGGGAAAAACUGCGGUAACGAGAGGACAAAUGGACGCAGCGGGCAUCCCCAUAUCCUUCAGCCACAGGAGCUGGCUCUUGUCCUGUCUCACGGCGUCAUCCUUCCUUUUUGCAGCAUCCGAUGGUGGAGGAGGAAGAAAGAAGAGUCCUGGUGUGGAGCUGUGAGGCGAGAGGAGCGGAGGACUGAUGAGGUCUCUGCAAAGCUCCCAGCUGUGACACUCCUUCAACUGUUAGGGUACACCUCAGCAUCUGCAAAAGACUGAACAGUUAACAAAUGGCCAGGCACAACCCCCCAGAACUAUGCCCUAGUCUGUGGUUGCCACAAUUAAGGCUGACUCUAUGCUACUUUGGUCACCUUCUCUGGCUCUGUUUCAUUACCAGGAUGUCAAGUAGCCCUGAAGGUCUGACAGUUUCACUUAGGUGCCCAGCUAACUCCAGCCCUCUGUUGAUGACAGUCCUCAGAAACUGUGGCACUGUGAGACUGCAAUGCUAAGUGUCUCCCCUACUUGGCAUGACAAUGCACACACCCAACACAGGAGGAACAAGCAGUCCCCUACCUUAACCACCCUCUCACUCAUCACAGGCAGAAGGAAAGUGAAGCAACCAGCUGUCACAGUGCCUGAGCACUGUGUUCAGCAUACCGUCAUCAGAAAAGUGCCUCUCAUCCGAGAGCCAGGAAGACAGCCCACCGCAGCUGUCUGUCCCCAGCUGUCUCUCACUCCUUCUCCACUAAUGCUUCUGCAUUAAGUGCAGCCCUAGUCCUUCCUUCAAAGAGAACACUGCCACAGCAUGCAAAAUUUGUGGUCACCUUCAGACCGCUCAUAAAGCUGUGUCCAGCCAAAACAGGAUGAGAACGACGGUCUCUUAAAAACAAGAGACACUGCAGGGACUCAGCUACUGAGGCACUGACCCUGGCCUGGACAAUGACCGAAGCAGGGCUCCGCGGCCCUCGCUCGAGCUGCCUAGUAAACAACGCCGGCGCCCUCUCUGCGGCCCGCGCCGUGGACCCGCGGGCUCUAGGACCCGGGCUCCGCGGCCUGCGCCAUGGCGCGCGGCGGAGGGGACACGGGCUGCCGCGGCGCCGGGCCGCAGCGCAACCCUCGCCGGCGGCCUCCGCCCCCGUGCGCUCGCCUGGUCUGCGUUAGCAGGGCAGAUCCGAAACCGAGGGGAGCGCGGGGGCGCCGCGGCGGGAAGCGUCCUGAUGCCCUUCUCAGGUGCGCCGGACAGCUUCACCUCCAGCUGCUGCUGGUGGCCGGCGCCUCUGAGAGUUCUCUGCUCUGUCUCUGAAGAUCUGGGUUGCAGACGUGGAGAGUUUAGCAGAAAGCACUAUGGAUCUGUGGAGCUUCUUAUAUCUAGUGAUGCUGAUGGAGCCAUCCAAAGAGCUGGAAGAUUCCGUGUGGAAAAUGGCUCCUCUGAUGAGAAUACAGACUACACUCCAGGAACAUGGCACAGAACGGAUGUGCAUUUGGAAAAUCCAGAAUAUUAUACAAGAUGGUAUUUCAAAUAUUUUUUAGGAAAAGUUCAUCAAAAUUACAUAGGUACAGAUGCAGAGAAGAACCCUUUCUUUCUGUCCGUUGUACUCUCUGACCAAAAUAAUCAGCGUGUUCCCCAAUACCAUUCAAUUCUUUGGAGAAAAACAGGUACUCAGAAAAUAUGUCUCCCUUACAGUCCCACAAAAACAUUAUCAGUGAAAUCUAUAUUGAGUGCUAUGAGUCUUGAGAAAUUUGAGAAGAGCCCAAGGGAAAUUUUUCAUCCCGAGAUACAAAAGGAUUUAUUGGUUCUUGAAGAGCAAGAGGGAUCUGUGAAUUUUAAAUUUGGAGUCCUUUACGCUAAGGAUGGGCAGCUUACAGAUGAUGAAAUGUUCAGCAAUGAAACUGGAAGUGAGAGCUUUCAGAGAUUUUUGCAUCUCUUGGGCGACACAAUUACUUUGAAAGGCUGGACAGGCUACAGAGGAGGACUGGACACAAAAAAUGAUACAACAGGAACCUGUUCCAUCUAUACAGUUUACCAAGGGCAUGAAAUUAUGUUCCAUGUUUCAACCAUGCUGCCGUAUUCUAGAGAGAACAAGCAGCAGGUAGAAAGGAAGCGGCAUAUUGGAAAUGACAUUGUCACUAUCGUAUUUCAGGAAGGAGAAGAAUCUUCUCCAGCAUUCAAGCCAUCCAUGAUUCGCUCUCAUUUUACACAUAUUUUUGCCUUAGUGAGAUAUAAUAAGCAGAAUGAUAGUUACAGGCUGAAAAUAUUUUCAGAAGAAAGUGUUCCUCUCUUUGGGCCUCCACUUCCAUCCCCCCCUGUGUUUACAAAUCACCAGGAAUUCAGGGAUUUUUUGUUAGUGAAAUUAAUAAAUGGUGAAAAAGCCACCUUGGAAACCCCAACAUUUUCUCAAAAACGUCAGCGCACUCUAGACAUGCUGAUCCGCUCUUUAUACCAGGACCUGAUGCCUGAUCUACACAAGGUAAAUAACAUGCUCAAUAGAAGGUCUUUCAGUGAUGUGUUGCCAGAGUCCCCAAAAUCAACACGGAAAAAAGAAGAAGCUCGGCAAGCAGAAUUUGUCCGACUUGGUCAGGCGCUGAAAUUGAAAACCACUGUGAAAGGGGAUACACCAGCUACCCUGGCAACCACCAGCUUUUGUAAAAAGGAGCCUUGGGAGUCCCAAUCUUUCUGCAGUAAUUUUCCUCAUGAGGUUGUCUGUGCAGAUUCCUGGGGCCAGUCCUUGUUGGUUUCUACAGAUGCUGGCAUCUUGUUAAUUGAUGAUGGUCAGCCAUCAGUUCAAGUAUUUGAUAAAACGCUCCAAAUAAAGCAGAUGCAUGUGUUGGAAGCUCUGGAUCUUUUGAUUGCCCGAACAGACAAAGGGAAAGACUCUCGUCUCCUUGUCUUCAGAUUGAGUGCUGUCCAAAAAGAUAUAGAAACAAAGCAGAUGAUAAGAAGCAAAUAUGACUGCAGAGAAAAUAAAUUGGAGAGAACAAAAGGCUGCCAUUUGUAUGCCAUUAAUACUCACCAUGGCAGUGAACUGAGGAUUGUUGUGGCUAUUCGGAACAAACUACUACUCAUCACAAAGAAAUACAAUCCAUGCAACAGUGUAACCAGCAGCUCUCUGCUAUCAUUACCUGAAUCUCCAGUAGACGAGUUCCAGUACAUCCGGGAAAUAUGCCUUUCUGACCCUCCAGUGGUUAUGACACUGGUGGAUGGACCUACUGGAGACAGUGACAAUAUGAUCUGUGUGGCAUAUCGGCAUCAGUUUGAUUUAGUUAAUGAGAGUACUGGGGAGUCCUAUAGACUGCAUCAUGUUGAAGCAAACAAAGUUAAUUUUGUUGCAGCUAUUGAUGUAUAUGAAGAUGGUGAAGCUGGCCUACUGUUAUGUUAUAACUAUGUUUGCCAAUAUAGAAAGGUGUAUCCUUUUAAUGGAGGUUCUCCGUUCAUCCAGUCAUCGGCUUAUGACUUUCACUUUAGCUGGAAUCAAGUUCCUUAUGCUGUUGUCUGUGCUUUCCCUUAUAUCCUUGCCUUCACUACUGAUUCCAUUGAGAUCCGAUUAGUGGUGAAUGGAAACUUAGUCCACACAGCAGUUGUGCCUGAGCUUCAACUUGUAGCAUCAAGGUCGGAUAUUUAUUUUAAAGCUACUGCUGCAGUAAGGGGAUCAUCUUAUAGCAGUUCUAAGGAAAUGAGUUCAAGGAGUUCUCCUCAAACACCGACGGCUUAUGAAAUGGCAGAAUGUCCUCUUUCUUCUUCAGAAGGUGAAAUCCCAGGCAAAAACCUGUACAAAAUUCCUCUCAGUAAUCUAGUUGGGCGAAGCAUUGAACGACCUCUGAAGUCACCUUUGACUCCCAAAGUCAUCACUACUCCAACAUCUAGUGGUGUUACCUCUCUUCCUGUUACUCACUCACUAUCCUUAUCUCGUAUGGAAAUUAAAGAAAUUGCAAGCAGAACACGUAAAGAAUUGCUAGGCCUUUUGGAUGAACCUAUUCCCAAGAUGGAAGGUGCACAGAAGCAAAAAAAGGCUCCUCGAAGACAGUCAGAUCCCAAGCAGGGAGCGGUAAGAUCAACUAGUAGUGACAGAUUAAUCUCAACCUCUUUUGAAAGCUUUUCUGAGAGUCGUCAUCUUUCCACUAGUUCAGAUCCUGAUACUGUAGCAAACAGAGAGGAGAGCUCACCAUCUAGCUAUCCGUUCCAUCUGACUUCUUUAUACGAUGAGGACAUCAUUGACUUGAAGUGAAGACCAACAGACUGUUCCUUACUUCACCUUUUCUUACAGAUCUGUGAGCUCUGUAGGAACGUCAGAAACACUGCUUCUAGUGGUAAAAUGUGGCUGGAAGUAUUGGUGAUUAAUCUUUAUAGAUCCCAUGUUGUUCUGGCUUGCUUAGCCUGAUUUGGUGAUGCUUACAUCUUUGACAUAUGUAUGUUUUCUUAUCUCAGUUAAUGAAACAUUACUUUUUGUGGCAUUCUAAAGGUAGGUAAUCAAUGAGAGCUUCAGGCUGAAAAUGAAGUAAAAAGUAUUAUUUAUUCUGAGCUUCUUAUAUUUGAAGUACCUGAAUGAAAGUGGCAUUCAGUUAAGUUAAUUGCUGUUACUAAUAUCAUGAGCUGUUUUACAAGUGUGCACCAUGUAGAAAGAAGAAUUUGAUAAUGUAAAUCACUCAUUUUGUUUUUUCAUUCUUAAAAAAAAAAAAAAAAUGCUUGUAGACAAGGUCUUUCCAGACAGUGCAAGUGCAGUCUGUCCUUGAAAUGAUGGAGCUGUGUUUUAUUCACUGAGGAGUGAUGGUUAUUCUAUAAAGAUGAGGUAACACAAACGUGCUGUUUUCUUUUCUCUGACCUGUCCUUGCACAUUUUUUUUUUAAGAGAAACUUGAAAACUGUUUUGGCAUUAAGAAUCUUUGAGUAGGAGGACUUUUUAUAAGAAAAUACAAGCUUUCAAAUCUUCCAUAAAAUUGAAAGUCAAAAAUACAGUGUAUUUCUCCACUACUGGAAUGCUGUUUCUGUAGUGCACCUGCAUAUUUCCUCAUUACAGGCAGAAGCCUGUGCCCUGAUUUUCUCUCUGACUACACAAAGAUUCCUGUGCUGGCAUCAGAAAUAACUGUUGUCUGCUUUUACACCAACAAUAGAAUUCAUUGCUCCAAGUAAACAUAUUUUUCUAAAUGGACCGGGCUGAAGUUUUACUGCCAAGAAGCUAGUUUUCUAUGAUGAAAUAGUCAUAUUAGAUCUUUCGUUUUGUUAAAGGACAGUAUUUCAUCAUUAAAGCUUGAUUUUUUUUAACCCUUUCCUCUAUGCCAAAAAUCAAUUUUAGACAAUUUUUUGAAGGGGUUUGCUGUUUUUCAUGAAAAAGUGAUGCUUCCAGGCUUUUUAUAUAUGAAGAUUUGGGCUUUAUUAGGGUAUUUCUUGCUCUUUAUGUGGAAAUAUUUCUGUAUCCUUGAUUUAUUUUGUAAUACCAUUUAUGUG